GCGUGUUUCCCUUCUUUCCUGCUUGAUGCUGGCAGCUCCCGGUGGCUGCUGGUCAGCAAUGGACUGCGGUGAUACUUUGACUGAUCUCUUCCCGCCCUUCCAUGCUGCGAGUGUUUCCAACAGCUCCCUCGACCCGGCAGUGUUUGCAUCGGCAAUGCAGAUGACAGAAACUGGCCAACGAGAGGCAAUUGAAUGGCUCGCGGCGGCCGCCCGUGGCAAAGUUGGCCCUCUGAAUGUGAGUUCCGUUGCGGCGUUUCUUACACAUCUUCUGGCUGCCACCACUUUCAUGACGCCACAGAGGGAUGAAAUGCUGCUGGCAGUGGAGGCGAUAGAGCUCAUCAAGGCGCACUUGCCUCUUCGGGAUCUCCUCACGGCGGACUUCCCAAUAUUCACGUACGAUGAAUAUAUGGACACGUAUGAAUUGUGUGGAAGAAUACGCAUGCUCUUUUUUGAUAAUUGAAUACAGCAUGUUGGCUGAGCUGCGCCCUCAUGUAUUGGGCCAUGUUGCCGAGGCGCCAUGCGAGUCUGCUGGGAGCUGGUCGUAUCCGUUCGAUGUGUUCCGCGAGGGUUUAGACUCGCUCAUCGAAAUGGCCCGACGUGAUGGAGUUGCAAGGGCAGUUGCAAAUCACGGCCAUUUGGUCAUUAUGGCUGUGCAGAUAUCUUACGAUUUCUCCUCGGGGCGUGCUGGGCUGGGUGAGGAACACGACAAACAAAGACACACAGGCGACGUAUUUGUGUCAUCCUUCAGGUGAUAUAUACUCGUGUCCUUUGGGUUUUAUGGCCGCCUGGACAUUCUGGCUGUUCAUUUCUGCCUUCGAGAGCCCGCUGGUUGACUUGCAUCAGUUGUUAACAAGGCAAGGAGCCGUCGCCCACGUCGACGCACUGUGGAGGUAUCUAAGGGUCAGUCAGCUCUUCAGCAAGCGUUGGCGGCUCUUGGAACUUCUCGACCUCGUGGCAUCACAGUCGCUCGCCAAGGAAGACAGAGAACGAAGGAGAUAUAGGGAAGAAAGUAAGUCAGAGGGGAAGGAAUCUUUAGUGCCUCUCAUGUUUUGCGCCUCGUGCGAUUAGCUGUGUCUGUUAAGUGUGACAACCAGUCGAGGAACAACUCUCCGAUCCAGCAAUCGAGUGAUGUCAUUCCGGACAGAAACCUGCUUAUUUCGGUGCUGGCGUACAACCGCCCCCAUUCCCUCGUUCGGCUGCUACAAUCCCUCUCUAUGUCACACUAUUUCGGUCAGCGCGUGGAUCUGCUCAUCUCGGUUGACUUGAAUCGUGACGGACUCGUCCACAGCGAGACGCUCGAGGCAGCCAAGACCUAUCCCUGGCCUCACGGCUCCCUGACAGUGCGGGUGAGGGACAGACACUAUGGACUGGCGGAGCAGUGGAUCCAAGCGAUCCCUGAAGACAGACUGCAGCAAGAAGAUGGCACUAUCCUUCUUAUCCUGGAGGACGACAUCGAAGUGUCUCCUUUCUUUUUUAAAUGGCUCCGAAAGGCCCACACAGCGUAUGAGCGGAGGGAGGACAUCGGCGGAUUCACUCUGCAACGCGCGCAUAUACUGGUACCAAUCAGAAACGAAGCACAUCUCUCACAGGCAAAUCACACAGUAAUGUCUGUUUCCUUCCCUCAAGGCCGAUCAGAGACGAAAAAGAGAUGCUGAUCAGCAAGAGAAGCCCUCCUUGUUCCUCUAUCCUUUUUUUGGCUCCAUCGGUUUCAGCCCCAAAAGGGGCGUGUGGCUGAAGUUCGUUCGAUGGUAUAGGUCCGUGCAGCGGACCAGGUAUCUUCCUUUGCUGCCGCACAUCGUCUCCACACAGUAUUUCCUGCAGUAUCAAGUCUUGAAGAAAGCCAAUACGACAAUGUGGACUCCUUGGCUCAUGGCGUACGCGUACGAGAGAGGCCUGUUCUGUGUGUUUGCAAACGCUGCAAAUGGGCAUACACUCGCGGCACACUGGCAUGAGCCAGGGCAGCAUUACGUGGGCGAACCGCAUGUCGAUGCAUUUCCCCUGACAGAGUGGCGUGACGAGUGGUUUGACUUUCCAAAUGAGCCUCUGCGACUUUCGUGGGAUGGACUUCCUUUCUCUGUCGAUCAUUUGACGAUGGAUGGACCAGGUGCAUGUGUGUGAGUAAUGGAUGUGAGACGCUUAAGAUGACAAAAACAUCACAAUGGGAAAAAGUGUAUAGAAAUGCUUCACUGUCAGUAGUGUCGGUUAUCUCGCCACACACCCAUGGGCUUGGCCUGGCUGACAUGCAU